AGCGGAAGCGGGGGCGGGCGGGGAGAGAGAAUGUUAACGAGUCCGGUCCGAGCGAAAGGAAAGGGCGCCGUACGCCGGCCAAUGGCGGCGCCGCCAGCCGCGGCCGACCAAUCAGAGACCGACCCCGCGGUUCGAUUCGACCGCGUUGCCCCGGGCGACCGCGAGCGCCACAACAAGCGACGGGGGGCGCGCGUGGCGACGGCGACGACGUGCUAGUCUCUGACGCGCGGGCCCGCGGCCUCCUGCCGCUGCUACAGGUACCGUGGGGCCCUAACCAACCCCGCCGCGGGUAUAGAGAGUGCAGGCAUGUUCCAGGGCACGGCCAUCAGGGACGGCGAGUACACCAGGACCAUCUACUCACUGAUCAAGGAGCAGCGUUACAAUGAUGCUAUCCAAGUCCUCAACAGUAUUCUUGAAACUAAUAGAAGUUCGAGAGCUGGACUUUCAUUACUAGCGUACAGCUAUUUUCACUCUCAGGAUUUUGUUAAUGCUGCCAACUGCUAUGAGCAGCUGACGUUACUUUUACCAGAGCAUGUCGAGUAUCGUUUGUAUUAUGCCCAGGCAUUGCACCAGGCUUGUUUGUAUCAAGAGGCAAUGAAAGUUACCGCUCAGAUAGAACAUCCAGAUUUUCAAGCCAGGGUAACAAAAUUAAAAGCUGCUAUUAGAUACGGAGAGGAAGAUUUAGCUGGUGCCAAGAGUCUGGUUGAUAGCUGUCCUUCUGAUGAUCCAGACACUGAUGUGAACCUUGGAUGUUUGUUGUUCAAAGAGGGGCGCUAUGAAGAUGCUUUGCAGAAGUUUACUGCUGCACAACAAAUGUUAGGAUAUACUCCUCAUUUGUCUUACAAUGCUGCUCUUUGCUGUUAUCGUCUUCAUGAAUACACAAGUGCCCUCAAGCAUAUAGCUGACAUUAUUGAGCGGGGCAUCCGAGAACACCCUGAACUAAGUGUUGGCAUGGCUACCGAGGGAAUUGAAGUAAGAAGUGUGGGUAACACCCUCACUCUACAUGAUACGGCUUUAAUUGAAGCUUUUAAUUUAAAAGCAGCAAUUGAAUACCAGCUUAAAAAUUAUGAAGCAGCAAGAGAAGCAUUGACUGACAUGCCUCCUCGGGCAGAAGAGGAGCUUGAUGCAGUAACUCUCCACAACCAAGCCUUGAUGAACAUGGAUACAAGGGCCUCUGAGGGUUUUGAAAAACUGCAAUUUUUACUCCAGCAAAAUCCAUUUCCUCCAGAAACUUUGGCAAAUCUAUUACUUUUAUACUGUCAAUAUGAAUAUCACCAUCUUGCAGCUGAUGUACUUGCUGACUACCAGCAUUUGACUCCCAAGUAUCUGUCGCCUUACUUGUAUGAUUUUCUUGAUGCACUAAUGCUGCAACACUCAGCACCAGAGGAGGCUUAUCGUAAGCUUGAUGACAUUGCAUCAAGGCACACAGAGGCUUUAAGGAAACUCACUAAACGUGUUCAGGAGGCUCGCCAAAAUCAUGAUGAUGAAGCAGUCAAAAGAGUUGUAACUGAAUAUGAGGAUACUCUUGAAAGGUACAUCCCAGUUUUGAUGGCGCAGGCUCGAAUAUAUUGGGAUCGGGAAAACUAUGCUCAAGUUGAAAAGAUUUUCAGAAAAUCUGUAGAAUUUUGUAAUGACAAUGACACAUGGAAAUUAAAUGUAGCCCAUGUACUCUUCAUGCAAGAGACAAAAUUUAAGGAAGCUACAGGAUUCUAUGAACCAAUAGUUAAGAAAAAUUACGAUAAUAUUUUAAAUGUAAGUGCGGUAGUGUUGGCUAAUCUAUGCGUAUCUUAUAUAAUGACAUCACAAAAUGAAGAGGCCGAAGAAAUGAUGAGAAAAAUAGAAAAGGAGGAAGAGCAGCUUUCAUUUGAAGAGCCAGAAAAGAAAUUAUUUCACCUCUGUAUUGUAAAUUUAGUUAUUGGAACACUUUAUUGUUCCAAAGGGAACUAUGAAUUUGGCAUAUCAAGAGUGAUAAAAAGUUUGGAGCCGUAUCACAAGAAAUUGGGAACUGAUACAUGGUUUUACGCAAAACGCUGUUUUCUGUCAUUAAUUGAGAACCUGGCAAAGCACAUGAUUGUUGUUCGAGAUUCUGUAAUACAAGACUGCAUUCAAUUUCUGGAACAGUGUGAAGCUCAUGGGCGAGAUGUCCCUACAGUUGUUGAAGCACCCUUAGAAGAUCUCAGCAUUUAUGAAGGCCGCAAGACAGUUACAUAUGAAUCACGUUUACUAAAGGCCUUAAUGCUGCGUCUACAGAUGUACUGAAUUGUAGCCCACAAUAAUUGUACCUAUCUAGUCCUAAAUAUUAAUUUUGUAAGAUUUUAGAGCAACCAAAAGG